UGGCGUUUGACAUUUAUGGUAUUUUGAUUUGAUUUUCAUUCUGCUCUUUAUUUAUAUUGAGGAAAAACUCUAAAACUUUAAAAUUAUAAUCAUGGGCCAUGGUGGUGACGACGACAAUCUUUUUCGCGCAUUCAUGCAUUCUCUAUAUUCUACUAUAGAUGCUCCAGUAACAUGGUUUAGAGAAAAAGUAGUUGAACCAAAUCAGAAGAAAUACCCGUGGUAUCAUCAGACCUUCCGUCGUGUUCCGACUAUUGACCAAUGUUACACUGACGAUGCCGUCUGCGACUUCGAAGCUAAUGCUCAAUUUAAACGUGAUAAAUUGGUUGAUUCGGAAAUAUUGAGCAUUCUCCGUCAACGCUAUGAAGACUGCAUGCUUUAUGAAUCACCUGAUCACUUGUCAAUGUGCAAACCAUUAUUGGAUAAAUACAAAGAUGCUGAAGAAGCCUGGUUUAUCAAAUAUGGUGACCUUGGAGCUUAUUCUGAUGCCAGGAAAGCAUACAUGAAGCAAAAACAUCGCAUGAUCUGGGAAAGGCGUCAUGGUCAUCUUUCUGAACAAACUAAGGAACAGUAAAUUGUUUCCCAAUAUUAUUGAUUUAAUAAAUAAGUAGAAAUAUGUAUUUGUCACUGCAAAAAAAUAAAUAGUAAAUGAACUAUUA